AUGUCCGCCAUGCUCUUCCGCCGCGCCGCCGUUGCCCCGCGUAUUGCCGCCCGUGCCUUCAGCACCUCCCCCGCCCACAACGUUGCCCGCAUCUCCAUUAUCGGUAACCUCGCUGAUACCCCCGAGCUCCACGCCACCAGCACUGGCCGCGAGAUCGUCAAAUACGCUGUCGCCAGCAACAGCGGUUCCCGCGAGAACCGUCACACCAGCUGGUUCCGUGUCACCAGCUUCGCUCCUGAGGGACCCGGCCGUGACUUCCUCCAGAGCCUGCCCAAGGGAACCAUGGUUUUCGUCGAGGGCGAUGCCUCCAUGAGCACCUACCAAGAUGCCGAGGGCAAGACCCGCAGCUCUCUCAACGUUGUCCAGCGCAACAUUGAGGUCCUUAGACGCCCUGCCACCGGCACUCCCGCCAGCGAGUAA